AGAGCAUGUAGUCGGGCAGAAGGCUAAAGUGCACCUCCCACUUCCAGCCAAUCACAUACGUCUCACUGGACACUGUCCUCAGUGCCAGAUCACACUCGCAUCCCCACUUCUUCCUCUCCCGGGAAAAGCUCUUUUGUGUACAACCAUUGUGAAUCUCUCUCACUCCAAUCUUGAAAAAGAAAAAGAAAAAAACAAACUCUGUUUGAAGCAAUCUCUCUCUUGUGCUCCCCCAAGCAUGAUGUUUGCAAUAUAGUAUUAGAGAAAAAACAGUUGUUCUUCACCAUCUGUUACGCUUUCCUUGAAUGACGUUAUAGCUCGAAACUUCGUCGUUUUGUGAUUCUUUUCAUCUUCUGGUGUGUGGGGUUGUUGUGUAGCUUCACCAACAUCGAAAAGAAAAGAUGCAGGCAUUCGUGUCUCUGUGUAAUAUUGCAUUCAAGUUUCCCGCUCUGUAAAGUUAUGAAAUGAACUCUCUUUCUCUCCCUCGCUCUCGCUCUCUAAAGGGAAACUAAGAGAUGAAUACCAGAGUCCGGACUGCUCUUCAGACCAUGAAAACGCCUCUGGUUCAUGAGAAAGAGAAGAAGAUGGAGAAUGAGGGAAGCAGAUUAGUGGGUGCUAACAAAACUUCCAUGAAUCGCAGAAGGUCGAGCAGAGAAAGGAAAAUGGCCUUACUACAAGAUGUAGACAAGCUAAAGAAGAAGCUUAGGCAUGAAGAGAAUGUUCACAGAGCAUUGGAGAGGGCAUUUACUAGACCUUUAGGAGCUCUUCCUCGUCUUCCUCCUUAUCUGCCUCCAUAUACAUUAGAGCUUCUUGCUGAAGUUGCCGUAUUGGAAGAGGAGGUUGUUCGGCUGGAAGAACAGGUUGUGAAUUUCCGACAAGGUCUUUAUCAGGAAGCUGUAUACAUAUCCUGCAAGAGGCAUGUAGAAAACUCGACCGAUGUGAUUGAUCAAUCCAGUGUUGGAAGUUCCAAACAGGAGCAAUCAAAGUCUUUAUCCCAAAAUGAAAUCAAUUUAGAAACAUCUGCCACCAGACCUCUGCCUUCUCUCACCAGAAGUACUUCAAGUAGAAAGCUAUUAUCAGCUGACUUUGUCUCUGAUAGAGCAGGACAUUGUUCCACCAGGACUGUGAAUGGAACACAGGCUUUAAAGAAACGCAAUUCAUCUUCACCUCUUUUGGAGGAGGAUCGGCAAGGAAAGGAGAACCGAACAUGUAUGAACUCGUCAAAGAAUAAGCAAUCUCCAGAUAAGAAAUCUCCCAGAGUUAUAACCCCAGUUAAGAAAUCUCCGAUUAAGCACGAACCAGUAGAAAAGUUUCGGGAUCCUCUGAAGCUGCAGCUAGAGUGCAGAUUAGUUGACCAGGAAAGAGCACAAGAAAGCUCUUGUGCUUCUUUAGAUGAAAGGGUAUCAGAAGCUGACAGCGGACCGAACAAAAUCUCUGAGGACAUUGUGAAGUGCUUGUCCAGCAUUUUCUUAAGAAUGAGCACAUUGAGGGAAAAAGUGGUGGAAUCAGAUGCCACCCCCCCUCCAUUAGUAUUUGCUUCUAAUGAAAGUAAUGGAGAAGCAGAGUCUCUGGAUCCUUAUGGUAUCUGUUUAGAAUUUGGAGCAAGAAAUGUUGGGCCCUACAAGCAUCUCUGUGACAUUCAAGCUGGUUCAGUUGAUCUGAACAGAAAAACAAAUGCACUGUUUCUGAUCCACAGACUAAAGCUCCUACUGGGGAAGCUUGCCUGUGUCAACUUAGAGGGUCUUACCCAUCAGCAGAAGCUCGCAUUUUGGAUAAACAUAUACAAUUCCUGCAUGAUGAAUGCAUUUCUGGAGCAUGGAGUGCCUGAGAAUCCUGAAAUGGUCGUAGCUCUGAUGCAGAAGGCAACAAUAAAUGUUGGAGGAUGCUUGCUGAAUGCAAUUACGAUUGAGCAUUUCAUCUUGAGACUGCCUUAUCACUUGAAAUAUACCUGCUCAAAAGCUGCAAAAACUGAUGAGAUGAAGGCUCGCAGCACAUUUGGAUUGGAGUGGUCCGAACCUUUGGUUACCUUUGCACUUUCCUGCGGUAGCUGGUCUUCUCCUGCUGUGAGGGUGUACACAGCAUCUGAAGUGGAAAUUGAGUUGGAAGUGGCAAAGAGAGACUAUCUACAUGCAGCAGUUGGUAUCUCAAUAACAAACAAGUUAAUUAUCCCCAAACUGUUGGAUUGGUAUCUACUUGACUUUGCAAAGGACUUUGAAUCAUUUCUGGAUUGGAUCAGUCUGCAACUCCCGGAUGACCUCCGGAAUGAAGCAGUUAAGUGCCUCGAGAGAAGGGGAAGAGGGCCUCUUUCACAGUUGGUACAAGUGAUGCCAUAUGAUUUCAGUUUCAGGUACCUUUUACACCGGUGAAAGACUGUUUCUUAUCUCAUCCUUCAGUCAGUAUAAUUCUUUGAGUUUAGAUAUCAGGGUUUUGUAUAUGGAUAUAAAAGACAUUAUAAAAAUAUCUAUAUAUAUAUAUAUAUGAUCUAGCCCAUGUAAGGAACUGCUGGAGAGAUACAAUUUUCUCCCACAAAUGGGUUUUAGUUGCUAUUGGUUCAUUCUAUUUGGUUUUGGGGGGAGAGCACAUGAAAGAUGAUGAUGUCUUCUAGUUAAUUCAUUUUAUGUUUCUUGUUUCAUUUUAGAAUUUAUUUCAUAAUUUUAUUUGAUUUAAACAAAUAUUGUUGGCAAUGAAAUUGUUGAGCAUAA